AUGGGAUGUAUCGGAAGCGACGAGAGGGAGGUGAAAGAGAAUAUCCAAGCAAGACAAGAGAGUGUCAUAAAGGGUCGACAGGGAGACGAAGCUCGUCGCCGUGUCACGAGCAAGCAAGCGAAGAGUCGGAAGGAGGCGGCGUUAACGAUGGGUGGUGCGGCCCCAACGCAGCCUUGCGACGAGAAAAGAUUGGAAGAGGAAUGGGGAGUGGCGAGAGGGACGAUCAGUCCAUCGCGGGAGCGAACGUUGCAGCAGGGAAGCAGGGACGAGGAGAACAAUGUGGAGAGAGCUGAUUUUGAGGUACGAGUGGACGGGACAGCAGGCGGAUGGACGGGCGGGCCAAUUAAAGUUAUCGUGAUGGUUAAAAUUGGGAUGCAGGCGUAG